ACAAUCAGCAGCAUGAGCACCGUGAACAGAAUUGUAUUUGUGAACGACCAAGUUGCCCUUGCGAAGACGCGACGAGUGCUCCUGCCUGAUGUGCUAGAGAUGUGCCAACAGUUUGGAAAAGAAGAGAAUUUUGAGGUCCUUGCAUCCAUCACAUCAUUUCUCUGUGAGAUGAAGCACAUUUUCUACGACAACAACCGAAAUAUCAUCGAAAUUCUGCGAAAUCUUGUGCAACACCGUCUCAGCUUCGAUUUGAGAGAAGAGGUCGACAUGAAUCAGAUGGCAUUGCGGGCUUUACUCCUGGGAAUAGCGAUCAACCAUAGCGUUGAUAUGAAAAUUGGCGAGGACAUACAUCCCAUGUAUCUGCUGUCCUACUACACGCAAAAGAUGAUGGCAACCAACGAUCUCGGUUAUUUCAUUGAUCUCUACAAGAGAUCUACAGCUGAGAUUCGCUCGAAAGUGUUGGUCGCGAUAGGACGGACAACAAAAUUGGAUGUUUACAGGCGAGUGGUUGAUUUAAUGGUAUCUAAAACGAUAAAAGCACAGGACAAGAUUCACUUGUCCAGUUCAUUGAUGAGUAACUUUGAUUUCAAGGAGUACUACAUUCACUACUUCUUGGAGAACUUUGAGAAGAUAAGGACGGCACUGAACGACAGUCUCAUGACGUUUAUUGUUGAUCAGGUGGUGAGUUGGACACGUGAUAUCAAUUCCAUGAUAUGUUUUAUUGACACACAUAAUAUGACAGAUUUUUCACAAACAUAUGCAAGGGCACUUGAGAAGGCGCAAUAUCGACUGGACUUCAAAAUUAAUGAAUAAAAUAUUAU